GCUUCAGAGGAGGCUCUUCUGAGGCUGCUGCCUGUGGUCAAAGCCUCCAGCAGAGCUCUGCUGAGCGGCUGUUACCUGUCAGAGAGAAGCUGUGAAGCUCUGGCCUCAGUUCUCGACUCCAAGUCGUCCAGUCUGAGACAACUGGACCUGAGUAACAAUGACCUGCAGGACUCAGGAGUGAAGCUGUUGUCUGCUGGACUGGAGAGUCCGCACUGUAGACUGGAAACUCUCAGUCUGUCAGGCUGUAUGGUCACAGAGGAAGGCUGUGCUGCUCUGGCCUCAGCUCUGAGAUCCAACCCCUCCCACCUGAGAGAGCUGGACCUGAGCUACAACCAUCCAGGAGACUCAGGAGUGGAUCUGCUCUCGGCUGGACUGCAGGAUCCACACUGGAGACUGGACUGUCUCAGGGUGGAACAUGGUGGAGAGAAGAGGCUGAAACCAGGUCUGAGAAAGUGGGCCUUUGAACUGGAACUGGACACAAAUACGAUGAACCCAAGCCUACAACUGUCUGACAACAACAGGAAGGUGACACGAGUGAAGGAGGAGCAGCCAUAUCCCGAUCAUCCAGAGAGGUUUGACUUCUCUUCUCAGCUGCUGUGUGCAACUGGUCUGACUGGCCGCUGUUACUGGGAGGUCGACUGGAGUGGACCGGUUACUAUAUCAGUGACUUACAGAGGAAUCAGAAGGAAAGGAAACUCUGUGGACUGUUUGUUUGGAUUUAAUGAUCAGUCCUGGAGUCUGAGCUGUUCUGACAGCGGCCGUUACAGCGUCUGUCACAGUAACAGAAAAAUAGAAUUCUAUCCCUCCUUUUCGAGUUCUCAGAGAGCAGCAGUGUAUGUGGACUGUCCUGCUGGCACCGUGUCCUUCUACAGAGUCUCCUCUGACACACUGAUCCACCUCCACACAUACCACACCACAUUCACUGAGCCUCUGUAUCCUGGGUUUAGAUGUGGGACACCUGGUUCCUUCGUGUCUCUGUGUUCACUGUAGGAGGGAGAGGCUUGUCCUACCAGAGAAGCACUCAGUCUUUUGUUAGUCACACUAACACAAAAUGAGAAGAAAACAUUACACAUAUUACAUAUCACCUAUGUUAGAUGUUUUAUAAACUGCACAUUCCAUGCAUGACACCAAAUCAAAUAUUGACUUGUUAAGCGUCUGCAUGAGUCCAAACUGUAUGCAAUUUGAAUUUAUGAAGAAUUAAUAUUGUCUGUGUACUUGUCUUAUAGGGCACCAGUUCCUCCUGUUUUUUUCUUUCUUCUACUUUGUCUAUUUGCUUCUUCCUUCCUAAAACUACCUUUGCCUCUGUGUUUAGCAGAGCAGCCUGGUCCAGAUAAGCCUUCGGACAAAAAUUGGUACAAAUAUCUUGAUGCUGGUGUUGUUUGAAAAGUUGCUUUAAAAAAUCUGUUUUCUGAAAAAAAAUUAUAGCAAGCUACUGAAUAUGCGUUUUGAAAUGUUCUGUGGUCAUUUUGUUCAUAGAGGAAAUCCACAGUUCCCUGAAACAUCAGAUGGACUCUGAUCAC